AUGGUUGUGGGUGGCUCCGGGCGGAAGACCAGCGUUGUGUCAGGACCAUUUUCGGAUCGUUUUCAUGUCUUCAGCAAAAAUCAUGAGAUGGAUUUCGCGAAAAUCUAUCUCGCGAUGCAAAAGGGUCAUAAGGUGUGCAAGAUCAAUGUACUCAAGAAAUGGGAUCCGACAUAUAAGCUGUUAACGCUUAACAUGGAAACACGGCAGCUGUUUCUCACCAAACUUGAGCAGACGACUGUGCGAGGUAAGCCAAUUGUCCUCGAUCUCCGCCAUGUGCGUGAAGUUCAAACUUUGGACUACAAGUUAUCUGCAAUCCAGAUUGGUGACAAAUGGAAGAGGGAUCGCGAAAUACAGAACUUCGAUCCUCUUAAAAUUCUUGUUAUCGCCCACGGGACCCAAUUUACACUCAAAGAAUGGACGCUUUUGUUCGAAUCAGUGGAGGCAUGUCGUCUUUGGAGAGAAGGAGUGCACAAUCUUAUGAUCGAUACCCGCGAUAUCUUCUUAUCUGGUCAUUCGGCCCGGAUUGAGCGCUUCAUCGCCAAGCAUUUCAUCAAUCUUGUCACUCCGGGAACCGAAUUUGUUGCCAGGAAACACAUGAAACCGUUUGUGCAGACUUCUUUGCAGUACAAAGUCCCGUCCAGGGUCCUUCAGGAAGUUACAGAAGAUCAGAUGAACUUGCUUCAAUUUUCACAAGCCACGAGGAACUUCAUCCAUUCUGAGACGCUGUUUGCAUCAAGGUUCUCUGAGCUCUCCGAAAAUGGUGCUACCGUUAGUUUCACAAAUUUUAUGAGGUUUCUUGAGAACAUGCAAAACGACCCAAUGAGCUCCAAUCGAGCUAGAGUGGUUGGUUUUCUGAGAAGGAUAUUCCAGACGAGCCCUCGUUAUCCGUCAUGGAAGUUGUUCUGUGAUUUCUUGUUUUCCCGGGAGAACUCACUUUGGGAUUCGAUGAAUGAGAAAGUUAUUCAAGACAUGACGAGACCUCUCUCUCACUACUGGAUUGCUAGCAGUCACAAUACAUACCUGACGGGUGACCAACUUCGGUCAGAUUCAUCACUGGAUUCAUAUGCACAAGCACUACUAAUGGGUUGUCGUUGUAUAGAAUUGGAUUGUUGGGACGGCCAGCGCAAGCCAAAUUCACAAGAAUUUAUGGACAUUGUGGUCUAUCAUGGGUACACAAUGACAUCCAAAUUGUUGCUUCGUGAUGUUCUUAACGUCAUCAAACAUUACGCCUUCAUUACUAGUGUAUAUCCCGUUAUCCUGUCGAUCGAGGACAAUUGUUCCGUGCCUGCUCAGCGGUUACUCGCCCAGGAAAUCAAAGAAAUUUUGGGCGACGACCUACUUACUCAGCCGAUCAAUUCGUCUGAAACUCAGCUUCCGUCUCCAGCUGCACUUAAAAGGAAGAUUAUAUUGAAACACAAGAAAUUACCUAUAGAAAACGAAAAUUUAGCCUCAUUCGUCGCAUCGAGUGCGGAUGAAUUUCAGGACACCGAUAUUUUAUCAAGAGAGUGCAUAAAAAAAGGCGUCCUUGCUCUCAAGGAUAAUAUUCGACAUGAGUGGUCAUCGCACAUAUUCAUUUUGUUCCCGGAUCGAAUUUGUUAUCUACUUGAAACCUGCGAUGAUUCUUCGUUGAAGGACGACAACUCCAGCAUUGCAGGAGAUGAUGAAAGAGAGGAAGAGCCACUAACUGGAUUUGGUGUUCGUCCUGAGGAGCAGCACAUCACAGAGGAAUGGUUCCAUGGUCAUUGUGGACGUGAGGAAGCAAAAAUGCGGAUUUUGCAACAUAAAAGUCGAGGAAACGGUUUAUUCAUGGUGCGAGACUCAAAUCUGUUCAUCGGGGACUAUUCACUGACAAUUCUUCACGACGAAAAAGUUCAUCAUGUUCGCAUCAAGACGAGGAUUAUAGACCGAGAGAAGAAGUACUACUUCAUGGAAAACAAGUUGUGCGACACUCUGUAUGAGCUAGUAUCUUACUACACUCGUCACUAUCUCACCACUCCCACGUUCAAAAUGGUUCUCACCACACCUUGUCCACAGCCUCAGCCCCACCUUGGCCAACCAUGGUUUUCGGAGACGGCUGACAAGGAGAAGGCGGAGACGUUACUCAGCCAAGCGCCUGAAGACGGCGCUUUUCUUCUGAGAUACUCAGGGAUCGACAAGAGCGUAUUCGUUCUAUCAAUUAGGGUGGAUGGAGAGAUUUGGCACUACCGUCUGAAACGAGAUGGUCGCAUCUUCGUAGUGAAUCAGACAAUGUUCGAAAAUCUAAAUCAAAUAGUGGAAUAUUAUCGUACUCGGGAAUUCGUCCGUGGCAUAUCACUUAGUUUUCCAGUAAACGAGAUGGCUGUUAACUUAAACCCAGGAAAUAUAGAAACAGCUCAAGGAAGUUAUCAGGAAUUGUCACAACUGGAGGAAAAGAUUUUGGCACGCGCCCUUCGACCUUAUCGUGGCAUGGCGGAAGACGACCUCUCAUUUCCUGCAAAUGCCAUUAUAACGGUACUUCGGAAAGAGGAAUCACUUUGGACAGGUCGUUAUGGAUCAUCGGUCGGCUGGUUUCCAGCUUCUUAUGUUCAGGAAAUUUUGCCGACGAAAACUAUUAUUACCGAAGUCACAAGUAACUACAACACCAUUGAACUUGCUGGAACGGUGAUUGAGCGGGUCUCGGACGACGAGAAACAAUACGUCAUCAAGAUCUCACACACUGCCCAGCAGUGGAGUGGACAACAAUGGUUCAUUGCAGCAAAAUCGGUCGAAGAAGCAGAUGACUGGCAGAAUCAAUUAUGGGAUCUGACUAGGUCGGUGAACAGCAGAAUAAGUGUGCUGCGAACAAAAGAGAAAAGUGCCAGAAUCGCCGCAGAGCUAUCAAAUCUUGUAGUUUACUGUCAAGCGGUGCCUUUUGAUGCUGCUCAUGUGCAGACGGGAUCUUUUUACGAAAUGUGUUCUUUUGUUGAAAAUAAGCUUGAUAAGUUGAUCGAAAAGGGACUGGUUACGUUCAACAUUCGGCAACUGUCGAGAGUUUAUCCACAUGGUUCUCGGAUAACUUCUGCUAACUAUAACCCAGUACCGAUGUGGAACGCCGGCUGUCAUAUGGUGGCGUUGAAUUACCAGACGGGUGAUAAAGCAAUGCAGCUCAAUCAGGGGAAAUUCUUGGGAAACGGUCGGUGCGGCUAUGUACUAAAACCCGAUUACAUGAUCGAUGAAAACUUCGAUCCUCUUCAUGGCGAAGUGGUCACGACGUCGACGCCGAUUCGGAUUACAGUGCAAGUGAUCGCCGGACGGCACUUGUCUCGUCGUGACAAGCACAAAGGAAUCUGCUCGCCGUUCGUCGAGGUCGAACUCGUCGGCCUGCCGUGCGACGAGAAACUAUUCAAGACGAGAACCAUCGCGUCGAAUGGGUUGAAUCCGAUUUGGAAUCAGACGUUCAUGUUCGAGGUUACUUGUCCGGAGGUGGCAUUGCUGAGGUUCUAUGUUGAGGAUGGCGACUUUGUUGGUCCAAAGACUGACCCAUUUAUCGGACAAGCCGUGUUUCCUCUGGAUUCCAUUCGUUGUGGUUUUCGUUCUGUUCCGCUCCUGAAUCAGUUCAGUGAAGAGCUUGAGCUGUCAGCUCUUCUCAUCGAUAUCCAAAUGAUCGCCUUAGGUGAUUUGGUUCCCAUUCAAUCUGCUCGUUCUGUGUUACAGUCAUCUCGAAUGGCCCCCAUUUUUCGUUCAAAGCACGGCAUGUUGAAGUCGUUCGACUCGCUGUCUUCUUCGGCAAAAAUAUCCACUUUUCAAUCCCAGGACAGCUUCGACAGCGUUGAGUAUGUUUUUCUCCUUUUUGUAAAAUCUCCUAAUAUGUUCUUCAUCUUCGUGUCAACAAGGACAGAUCUAAUUACCUGA